AUGCCGGCAUCCUUCCCGUUUCCUCCCGCCUACUACGGCAACUUGACCGCUCACGGUGGCCCCGUCCCUGCACCAGCACCCACGCCGUCCCCCGUACCCUUCCAAGCGUGGGAAGCGGAUUCGAAAAUGCAGACAGCUUCGGCGAUUGCUCUCAUUUCGGGAAUCACGCUAUUCGCCAUCUUGUGCGUGUGGGUUGCUCUCACGUCCGCACAACGCGCAAGCGAAGAAAUUUCGCUCCAGGCGGCCCCCUCCAAUCACGAAAUAUUGAAGCGGCGGAAAGAGUUCGUCAAAAUUGCUCUCAUUCAGCGAGAUUGGGAUACUUCCGCCACGGAAGACCCCGACUCCAGUGAUCAAUCGGUGAUAAGCACGAGCAGUACCAGUGACGGCCAGCGUGGGCCAACCGCCAUUCCUACCGGUGCGGACGGGAGCAAUAGUGCCGGAACGGACGACGAGGAGGAGAAAAGUGAUCAAGACUCUACUUUCUUCGACGAUGCUAACGGUUGUAUCAUCUGCUUGACAGAUUUUCAAACGCACGACCGGGUUUGCGAAUCCAAUGGUGGCGUCUGUCAGCAUAUCUUUCAUCAGGCGUGUAUGGAAAACUGGCUACUCAGACACGAGGCUUGUCCCGUAUGUCGAGAAACGUAUCUGGUGGAAUCCGUAUAG